UACGGAAAAAUCUACCAUAAAAAUAACUACAGAUUUGUCCGGAUUUUGUGUUUCUUCUUCAUUAGCCUUACCUUGAUAUAAGUUCUUUAGAAACAGCAAAUCACAAAAGUCAAAACGAUAUACACAGGUUUGUAGUUACCUUUUAUCCACAUAAACAAUGAAGAUAACGAGAUAUAAAAAGGUACAAAAGUAUCUCAAAUUUUACCAGAACAACUUUGGAUUCCAUCAGCCUUACCAAGUUUUAAUUGAUGGCACCUUCUGUUUUGCAGCUUUCAAAGAGCAAAUAAACAUAAGGGAACAAUUGCCGAAGUAUUUAAAUGGCCAAUUAAAACUUUUGACUACAAGGUGUGUUAUAAUUGAAACUGAAAGGAUAGCAAAGAAAACCCAUGGAGCACUUACAAUACUAAAGCAGUAUGGCAUACAUGAAUGUGGACACAAAGAGCCUGUCUCUGGAGCUAAAUGCAUUAUGUCUAUGAUUGGUAACAGCAAUGAAAAACAUUACAUCCUUGCCACCCAGGACAGAGACCUGCAAGAUAAACUUAGAGCCAAGGCAGCCAUACCACUCCUCUAUUUACAUAACAAAUCACCUACUCUAGCUAAACCAUCAAAAGCCAGUUAUGACAAAGCAGGUCAAACCUUACAGUGUUCAACUGUGUUUAUAAGUGAAACUCAAAAUGAAACUUUGAAAAGCAUGAAAAAAGCUUUAGGUGUUGAAGAUAAAGUGGAGGAAAUAAAAGUACCAAUAAAGAAGAAAAAAACACAUAAUCCAAAUCCUUUGUCUUGUAAAAAGAAAAAAAAGAAACCAAACACUAAGCAACAGACUACAAAAAGAGAAGGAGUAAGCGAAGGGAAAGUCAAGAAACGAAGAAAUAAGAAGGCUCCAAGAAUAAUUAAAGACCAACUGAAAUACCCUCCUCAAUAAACUAGUAUGUA